UGGCUCUGAGGCAAGGAAAGGGGAGUCAUUUAACAGAGAUGUGCAGAAGAACAACCUUAAUGUGGAAAAGAUUGGGAUUGGAUGCGUUGUGGAGCAGAUGGAUCCGACAGGCUCCUUCUUAAUGUGAAGUCUGCUUAAACAAAGAGUUUGGAAUUUGCAUUAUUGAGUUUUAAGCUAGGGGCCCUUGCAACAAACCAUUCGCGACACUCUGCCAUCAUUUUAAACUUCAUCUCCCACCCAGGCACUUGGCGUCUGCGAGAUUUCUUUUGCGCCUGUUUUUCCCUCAGCGACUCCGCCCUCCCCUCCCAUCUCGGGAUUGGUUCACAUGGAGCAGCCACCUGCCUUCGCCUAGUGGCACUGGCAAGCAACGCAGCAACAGAAGAGGAAGCGUCAACCAAUCUGUGGUUACAAAGUGAAAAUCUCCCCAUUCUCUGGAAAGGGAGAGAGAAGCGGCAGAGUAGCGGAGAACACAAUCUCAUUGACAGCAGGCACACUCUGCCUUCCCCGUUGGAUUCCAACUCCGGGGACUGAAAUGAAACCUGUGGAUAAUUGACACAUUUUCAAACAUUGUCUGCCCCGGGUGCCCGAUUCCUGAUUAUUUUACAAACUGAUCUCACUUGUUUUUUUCAUGUGAAGACUUGGAGGAGGCAGGGGGGAGGACGGGGGACGGAAAGCGGACGAGGAAGCCUCGGCUGUCUUCCAGAUGCAUUCGUUGCUGGAUCGCAAAAAGAAGGAGGCUGGUGCCGAGCUGGGGUUCGCCGAGGUCCAGGCGGGCGGACUGCUGCCCCAAGUCCAGAGGAUGUGGUCGGGUGUGGGCUGCCUCUGGGUCCUGCUCUCCUCCUGCCUGGUAGCGGUCUGUAGCUUCAGCAUCAUCUCGCCCGCCUGGAUCGUCAAGGAGCAGGGCAAGGACUCGGUGAGCUUCGGGCUGCUCUGGCACUGCUCGGAGGCCGUCUACAACUGUUACACCUUCGGCAGCCUCGGGAGCUUCGCCGACAUCCCUUCGGGGUCCUGGCAGACAAGUGCUGUUCUGUGCUCCGGAGGCUGUGUUCUGCUGGCUACCAGUGCUCUGCUGGCGAUCGUUACCGUCUUCCUGCCAAGUGGUCAGUGUGAAAAGAGGAUUUGCACACUAGCUGGUUACAUGCAAACAACAGCAGUGUUUAUCAUGGCGUCUGGGCUUCUCGUCUAUCCUUUUGGACUGAACUCCUCCAUCGUGCAGAAAUAUUGUGGAGAUUCAAGCAUCUAUCACGCAGCCGAUUGUCAGAUCGGAUGGGGUUACAUGCUGGGGAUUGUAGGAGUCAUGCUCGCUGUCUUUCUGCCUUUCUUCUCCAAAUAUGCGCCAAAAGAAUCCACUUCACCAACUCCAAUACCUGCAAUUUUAUAGUACUUGUUACUAAAAGAGGGACAAUUUAACCAUUGUUAUAAAAUAUCCUGCUUUUACACUUUCAGAAAUGAACAGAAGAUAAUGAAAGCACUUCUUUAAGCUAUGAAACAGCUAAAAUAAGGUCAAUUCGAUUUGCGACCCAAGUGCAUUAUGUGAAAAGUCUUCCUGAUUUCCUCAAAAUACACAGCAAGCUGCCAACGUUAGCAAUUUAUGUAAAAAGCUGUAAGGAAAUCAGUUACAAGGAAGUAACGUGUCCUGUGAGCUACUGUUACACUAAUCAUAACUAAACUUGAAACAAUUAUCCUACCAAUUUCAAUUCAUUUGCAGUUCUCACAAGGAUUGACAGUAGUUUCCAGGACAUUGCUGAGCUGGGUAAUGGUCAGAUAAAAGAGGGUUCAAUUUGUUGAAGAAUUCCAGUUAUUGUGAACAAAGUAAGAGGAAUGAGAUCAGCAAAGACAUCACGGUAACAGAAUGACGACGUGGUGCAUUCUAGGUGACAAGAAGGCACUGAGGCUCAUAGCUGAUCAGUACAGCCUUGAGAUAAAAAAAUUGAAUAGAUUAGAAAAUGGACGGCAAUUGAGAUAUUAUAUCCUUCUUUCAAACAGGAUAUUUUCUGUCCGAAGCCUCUAAACAUCAAAACAAAAUGACAACAUGGUGUGUUCUAGGUGACAAGAAGGCAGCUGAGACUCAGCUGAUCAGUACAGCCUGGAACUAUCAGGAAAUGUCUUCCUUCUGAGAUCAAAAUUACAAAGUGAAUAUUUUUUCACCAGAAAGUCAGAAUAAGCUAGAGAGAUUGCAGAUAACUCCGGUUUUAAAAGGAAGCUUUAUCAAAUAACUGGAGAUCUUGUCGUUCCAUAUUGUGUAAGAUCAGAACUUCAGUGAAACACCUCACGCUGAAAUCUCUGUCAGACUUUGGCAGAUGGAGAUAAAAACAAAAUCUCUGGACCAAGAAUUCCAUAUACAACUGCUUCUGACGGAGGUUGGAAGAUCAAAUCUGUGGUGUGCAAGCUUUCAAUAGGGCCUGCACGCUACUAAGAUCUCUGAGUGCAUUUUACACUCAUGCAAUCCUCUUGACUAAUGGCUUUAACAAUCAAUCCAGUAUGUUUAACUUUUAAAUAAAGAACCCCAUGAAUCAACAGUCUGACCUUCAUGUCUGUAAUGAAGACACAUCAGAAUAUGCCAUACAGCCAUAAUGACAAAUUUAGAAUAAACAUCUGGAUAAAUACAAAAUACUUCUAAUCUUUCUCCGUCAUUAUUCAAUACAGUGAUCCCCUCUUAUCAUGCAAUGUAAUUACUUCCUUAUUAACUCAUUCACUGCACAUAACCAUCGCAAUACCGCUUGCUGUGACCAACCAUUUCACAAACUCCAAGCUGGGGUCCAGGGACUGUAGUGGAAUUGAUGCCAAAUGGAAAUUAGCCAAGAAUCUCUUAUACAUUCUGUGAGUAUUCAGUUAAUGUAUUAACUUUGUUUAUAUAAAAUUAAGUUACAUCCCUACAUUUCCACAAAGAAGGUAAUUCCAUAUAUUACCUCUGAUUUUAGAUUCAUCAGAUUUCUUAGCGUCAUAGAGCCAUACAGCACGGAAACAGGCCCUUUGGCCCAACUUGUCCAAGUCCCAUUUCUUGUGCUUUUAGUUGACCAAUAAUUUUAUUGAAACUGAUUAUUGUUUCUCAUUUAACAUAUUCUCUCUUAGAUGAAAGAUUUGACCAAAAGUGUAAAAGCUUCAGAUGUCUGUGAUCUAUUCUUAAAGCAACACUGCAUUUUAAAACUACAUGGUGCUGGUGUAAACUCGAAACAGGCAAUAAACUACCCAUUAAAUCUGGGCUGAUUGAAUACUAAUUAAAUUGUCAUCUUAAAUUUGGAGCUACCAUCCUCCAUCUCACAACUUCUCUGUAUUUUCAAAAAGAAUCUAUGAUAGCCUAUAGCUUUUAAUAAUGUCAAUAGACAGUACCAUAAUAACAGUAGCAAAUUUAUCAAUAAAACAGCAACAUAAAACUGCUCCAUUCUCAUAACCAAUAGCAAUUAAUACCUUCACUGCUACUUCCAAAUACUACCUGAUUGCAUCAGAUUUUUCACACCAGAAAAUUUAGACAGUUUUAUUAACAAAUAAUGCUAAACAGCCGAUUUAAUGUGAUUCAUCUUGCUGGGCUUGCUGCUAUGUUUUGUACAUUAGGAUGGUUUCACUAAUUUGCAGUUAAAAUAUUAAAAGACACUCAGUCUUUUAACCCUAUCACAAGGAAAUGUAAGCUUUUAAAUUUUAUAUCCUGAUUUGGAUUUGGAUUGGAAAAGAUUAAAAGACUGAUUAAAAUCCAUCUUACCACCAAUAAUACAGUCAAACACAGUCAUUUGGAAGGACUGCAAGUGCCAGCAACAUUAUUGAAAGCCACUGAAAUAAUUUGUAUGAUUUCAAAGCAAUGGAGACACCAUCCCAAGCAUGCAUGCAAGUUCCCAGCAUAAGGUGAAUAAUUGUCAGGCAUAUAUAUUUACAGGUGAAUCUGGAAAGAAUGUAUGACUAAAAUUCCAUUAACCAGCUAUUUAGGUAUUGUGUCAGCAAUAGUAAUCCACCACAUCCAUAAUGUCUCCCCUACACUUACAAAAUUCAGUGCUGCUUUGGAUCAAUAGAAAGACAAAUUGAAUCUUAAUUGAUCAUUCUGAUUUUGAAAGCUGUGACAAUAAACUAACUGAGCUCUGCAGCCACUCAAGCUUCUAAUUUUACCAUGUUGCGCUCAGUCCAAAAGGCAGUAUUAAUUCUAACUUGGAGCAAUCAUGAUUUAAUUUCCAACAUCAAAAUAAAAUCACCAAUUGUACCACUUUGCAUUCACUGGAAGGAUCAACUUAGAUGCCAUGGGAAAGAUUUCCACUUCAUGUGGUAAAACUGCCAGAACAUUCUUUAUACAGGUAUUUGCAAGACACACAUCAUUAAUCUUCUCAUGUUUCUAGAACAGGGAAAGACAGCAUCAAAACAAGUCCUUCCGCCCACAAAGUCCACACUGACCAUCAAGUAAUUUACACUAACCCUACUUUUUAUUCUCUCCACAUUCUCAUCAGAUUCUACCCUCAAAAUUCUACCACAGACUGACACACUAGGGACAAUUUACAGCAACCAAUUAGCCUUCCAACUUAUACCUCUUUGGGAUCUGGGAGAAAACUGAAGCACUCGGAGGAAACCCACGCAAACAUGAGAACAUGCAAACUCCACACAGACAGCAGCCAAGGUCAGGAUUGAACCAGGGUCUCUGGCACUUUGAGGCAGCAGCUCUUCUAGCUGUGCCACUUGAAGUGUAUGGCUUCAUAGGCUUAGCCUGCUUUCUGAUCUCACUGUAGUCAGGCACUGGACCACUUUGUACUGCCAUACAUAUUUUCCCACACUCUAACAUGUUGCCCUGUCCACUUACACCACUUCUUUAACCAAAGCAGUGGGGCAGAAAACCCCAGCAGGGAUUCCCACAGUUAUCAGCUUCAUGUUCAUCUUAUUGGAGUAAUCAUACAGCACUAGGUCUUUGCUACAAUCGCCCUCUCCCCUCCGACCAAACUGUGACAUGUUCCACUUUGGCCAGAUGGCUCACAAAGAGUCUUAACCAGAAGCUGACGAAAUCACGUGUGCUUAUUGUUAUGAGAACAACCUGGGUUUGUUUCAAGGACACAAGCGCAGGGAAGUGGAUCCAAUUGCUAUAUUGCAAUUCUUUUUAGAUCCAAGGAAAGAGUCCAACAUUUUCUUUCACGGUUAAAAUGUAUUAUAUAUUAUGUGAAUGGAAUGCAAAUGUAACAAGUUUCUUACUGCCAGUCUCUGCCAUUUAAAGUGCAGAAUGUUAUCCAAACCUUCAGGAGCACCUGUAUUAUUGCAUUUUCAAUUGUAUGUAGUUGAUGUGGAAGAAAUAACUACAAACAGAUUUUAUUUCUCUGUUUUACAUGUUCCAUAUUCUGACCGAACCAAUUCGUGCCUUUUAUUAUCUAACAGCUAGACUAGUCAAUAAACAAGAUAACCAGGUUUUUGACUUAACAGUUCGUACAAAAGAAAGUUUUGUUCAUUCUGUACAAAAGAAUGUGUUCUAUGUUUGGAAUUAUGUUUUCUUGUGUGUUAACUGAUUUCUAAGUGUUUGGUGUGAAAAGUGGCUUUUUUUUUUACAGAAAGUUCUGUAGGUGAAACAAUAGAGUGGUGAUUAAAUACCAGUGUUUGUGCUUCCAAAACAUUUUUUUUUGUGGGGGGAGGGGGGUUAGGAGCAUAGGAAUGGUGAACAAAACAAUGAAUUGCAGAAAAUUACUCUGGCAAUCAAUAUCAAUCUUUUAAGAGCUAACCAAAUUAUCAAUUUAAGGCAAACAACAAAAAAGAUCAAAAACAUUGUCCAAAAACCAACUGAGUGAUGAUUUGAACGAGAAUAAAAGUCAAUUGAUGGCUGUUUAAAUGUAAUACUUGUCGGUUAUUUAGUGCUAUGAGCAAAAUCAGGUGUGGGUCUCAUUUCACCAUAAAAAGCAUGCAAAUAUUAAAAUAUGUAUAAAAAUCCUUUUUCCAUUAUUUCACAAGAGGUGUAAAUCCAUUUAAAAGUAAAACGAUUUAACACUAUAAUUGAAGGAAUUUAACCUGAAUAUGUAAAUUGUUGCACACUGAAAUUUGCAUCUUUUUUCUAUCAGGCCCCUAGGAACUUGAUGGCCUUGAGAACAAUUAUCCAUUAAAGAAAGCCAACAGUCUAAUAAAGCUAAAAAGAAUAAUUGUCACCAUGUAACAUGUGCACGAUUUCUUCAUUUUCUGGUUACAAACUACUCUAAAUACUUAGCUUUCCUACUCAAAAUAAUGAAACAUUUGAAGAUAAUUUUACUUUAAGUAGGGACAAUUGGUUUUCCACAACAGUUCCAACAUUAACCACAUAAGAUGGAGUAUACUAGUUGUGCUUGAAGGCAGUAGGAUUAAUAUAUUAGGCACAAAUGUACCUUUUUACUCGACUAAGCGUGAAGUGAUUUCUUAGCUGGAGAAACAAAGGA